UAUAAAGCUAUCGUCUUCCACAACGACUAGCUUUCCUUCGAGAACGGAGAAGAGGCGAAAGAAAUGGUGUCGCUGAAGCUCCAGAAGCGGCUCUCAGCCUCAGAGCUCAAGUGCGGCAAGGGCAAAGUAUGGCUCGACCCAAACGAAGGCAACGACAUCGCCAUGGCCAAUUCGCGCCAAAACAUAAGGAAGCUAUUGAAUGAUGGAUUUAUCAUCAGGAAGCCAACGAAGAUCCACUCACGCUCCAGGGCACGCCGUAUGAAGAUCGCCAAGAUGAAGGGACGCCACUCCGGUUACGGUAAGAGGAAGGGUACCAGGGAGGCGAGGCUACCGACUAAGGUGUUGUGGAUGAGGAGGAUGAGAGUGUUGAGGCGUCUUUUGAAGAAGUACCGCGAGUCAAAGAAGAUUGACAAGCACAUGUAUCACGACAUGUACAUGAAGGUGAAGGGAAACGUCUUCAAGAACAAGCGUGUGUUGAUGGAGAGUAUUCAUAAGUCGAAGGCUGAGAAGGCGAGAGAGAAGACUCUGUCUGAUCAGUUUGAGGCUAAGAGGGCUAAGAACAAGGCUAGUAGAGAGAGGAAGCAUGCUAGGAGAGAAGAAAGACUUGCCAAGGGUCCUGGAGGAGAUGUACCUGCCGCUGCACCACCUGUCUAGACAGCAGAGUAAGUAUUGUGAUCUUUUCAUGAUAAUUGACUAAGCUGUUAUUGUAUUGUGGUGAGGUUCUAAACUCUUGCAUUGGGUUGUUUGUUCUUGCAGGGUCUCAGCCAAAAGGUCUAGGUCUAAGAAGUGAGAAGAAGAAGAUUUUGUUCGUUAGUGUCUUUUCUUUAGCAGAUAAUUUUGCAUAUGGUUUUUGUGAUUCGGCUUAGACAGAACACUUUAUUUGUGACAAGUAUGAGAACCUUAGUCAGCAGUUCGCUGUGUUUUAGUCUUCAAAUACUUUUUAUUCCAUAUCA